UUCAAACUUUUUUUUUUAAGAGAGAGAGUGGAAAAUUUUCUUAACUUCUGAAAAUGGGUAACAGCUUAAGGUGUUGUUUGGCGUGCGUUCUUCCCUGUGGAGCUCUGGAUUUGAUCCGGAUCGUCCAUUUGAACGGCCACGUGGAAGAAAUCGCCCAUCCGAUCACCGCCGGCGAAGUCCUCGAAGCAAACCCAAAUCACGUUCUGAGUAAGCCUUGCUCCCAAGGGGUCGUUCGCCGGAUUCUGAUUCUCUCGCCGGAAUCGGAGCUCAAAAGGGGCAGCAUUUAUUUCUUGAUUCCGGCCACCUCUCUGCCGGACAAAAAAAGAAACACUGCCAGCACCCUA